AUGGCCAACGUCACUGGAAGCUUCGUCUCCCCAUCAGCGGAUGCUACCGUUGUCCCUCAGCUUUUCCAGCCCUCCGGACUGCUCGGGUCCCUCCUUGGCGAUUUCAAUGUCUGGAAGGCUCUGUUGACUCUAUUUAUCGCGGCUGUUAUCUACGAUCAAUUCCGGUACUUCUAUCAGAAAGGAUCCAUCGUGGGACCAAGAUGGAAGCUGCCAUUCAUGGGACCUUUCCUUCAGUCGGUCAACCCCAAGUUCCACGAGUACAAGGCCAAAUGGGACAGCGGAGAACUCAGCUGCGUUUCUGUCUUCCACAAGUUCGUCGUCAUCGCAUCCACCCGUGACAUGUCCAGGAAGAUCUUCAACUCUCCCGCCUACGUCAAACCUUGUGUUGUCGAUUCGGCGCAUAAGUUGCUUGGAGAGGACAAUUGGGUGUUCUUGGAUGGCAAGGACCAUGUUGAAUUUCGCAAAGGCUUGAAUGGCCUCUUCACCCGUUCCGCGCUCACCUGCUACCUUCCCCGCCAGGAGGAGACCUUUAACCAGUACUUCAAGAACUUCCUCGAGAAGUCCAAGGCCAAUGGCUACAAGCCCACCCCCUGGAUGCCUGAAUUCCGUGAACUGAUGACCGCCAUCUCCUGUCGUACCUUUGUGGGUCACUACAUGACCGAUGAGGUCAUCCAGAAGAUCAACGAUGACUACUACUUGAUCACGGCUGCCUUGGAGCUGGUCAACUUCCCGAUCAUCCUUCCUUUCACCAAGACAUGGUACGGAAAGAAGGCCGCGGAUAUGGUUAUGGAGGAGUUCGCCAAGUGUGCCGCCAAGAGCAAGGCGCGUAUGGCUGCUGGGGGAGAAGUGUCAUGUAUCAUGGACGCCUGGGUCAAGGCCCAGCAGGUCUCUGCGAAGUAUCGGGAAGACAUCGCUAAAGGCAUCCCCGCGGAGAAGCCUCCUCAACUUCUUCGGGAUUUUACUGACGAAGAAAUCGCCAAGACUGUCUUCACCUUCUUGUUCGCAUCUCAGGAUGCGACUAGCGCCGCCUCUACCUGGUUGUUCCAGCUCAUGGCCGACCGCCCCGAGGUCUUGGAGAAGGUCCGCGAGGAAAAUGUGCGCCUUCGCAACGGUGAUAUCAAUGCGCCUAUCACCAUGGAGCUGCUCGAUCAGAUGGAAUACACUCGUGCUGUCGUGAAGGAGACUCUGCGUUACCGCCCGCCCGUUAUCAUGGUCCCCUACCUGGUCAAGAAGGACUUCCCCAUCACCGAGAAGAUUACCGUGCUGAAGGGAUCUAUGAUCAUCCCAUCCGUCUGGCCUGCAACCCACGACGAGGAGGCGUACCCCAACCCGGACUCCUUCGACCCGGAUCGCUGGAUCACCGGCACUGCUGAGCAGAACCCCAAGAACUGGUUGGUCUUCGGCACUGGACCCCAUUACUGCCUGGGCCAGACCUACGCUCAGCUAAACUUGAUGGCCAUGAUUGGCAAGGCCAGCAUGGAGAUGACGUGGGAGCACACCACCACCCCCAAGUCGGAAGACAUCAAGGUGUUUGCCACUAUCUUUCCCCAGGAUGACUGCCUGCUUACAUUCCGCCCUCGUGCCUAA